CUGGCUUUGUAGUUGUGAAAAAUGAUCAGAAAGAAAUUCUAGCCUCGAAGGCUUUCCUCCACAAACUUCCCACUGGCAAGGACGGAAAAAGGCGAAAAUGAAAGACACAGCCGCAGAAGUCGGAGGAAGCACAGACAAAACAUGGAUCACCAAGAUCUGCAAGAAAAGAGUUUGCACCACCUUUGUGGAAGAUUCUUCCAGUAAUGGAGCACUGUGUCAGUGUGGAGAAAAGAGACGAGAACACUGCUCCGUGGCUCUCGGGGACUAUUUCAGCACGGCCAUCGUGAACCGUUGGGUCAGCGCCCAGCACUCGUCUGAAUACCCCACCGAUGCUUUUGGAGAGGUGGAGUUUGCAGGAGCCAGCAAGAGACACAGCUAUUUCUUGCGCCUGUCAUGUAGCACCCAACCUUCUGCAAUCUACAACGUGAUGACAAACCAUUGGCAUCUUCCUACACCAAACCUGGUGGUUUCUGUUGUUGGUGGAGAGGGCAGAGCAAAGAUGAAGACCUGGGUCCGGGAACUCCUCAGAAAGGGACUUGUGAAAGCUUCUCAAAGAGCAGGAGCGUGGAUCCUGACAACAGGACUGCGUGAAGACGUUGGCAGGUGUGUUGGCGAGGCGGUGAGAGAUCAUUCUACUGCUGCUUCCUCAGACUCCCUCAACACGGUGGUGGCCGUGGGGAUCGCUCCAUGGGGUGUAGUGCACAACAAGGACCGACUGGUCAACCCCCAGGGCAGCUUUCCGGCAAGAUACUGUACAAGGGACCCAGUUCGGGAUUCCUUCUGUCUGGACAACAACUACCAGGCCUUCCUGCUGGUGGAUGAUGGGAGUGUGGGCCGCAGAGGCGGAGACAUGGUUUUCAGAACCAAUCUGGAAGAAUACAUCUCCCACCAGCGCACAGGAAUGGAUGGUAGCGGAACAAUUGACAUCCCUGUUCUUUGUAUGCUGAUAUCAGGAGACACAAGCAUGUUCGAGAGAGUGGAUCUUUCUCUGAAGAGCUCCAUACCCUGGCUGGUUCUGGCUGGCUCAGGAGGCCUGGCAGACUUUCUGACUGAUCUCUUGGAGAGCACGUCCUCUGCCUCAGUCCUCCAGUCUUCCAGUGAAUGCGACAGCGAGCCCGGUCCCAGCGUGGAUCUGAAAGAAAAAGUUGCAGAGCGAGUCAAGAAACACUUCCCUGCAGAAUCGGAGAACAAUAAACUUGUUGAGCAGGCUUUAAGCAUCUACCAAAGCAGAGACUUGAUUUUAAUCUACUAUGCAGAGCAGGAGAGCCCUACUGACUUUGACAUGGUCCUCCUCAAAGUGUUGGUUGGAGCAAAUAAACAGCGUGUAUCAGUUGGGGGCAGUCCUCACAUCGAAGAGCUCAAACUAGCUGUUGCUUGGAAUAGGGUCGACAUCGCUAAGAGUGAACUUUUCAAUGGAGACAUCCAGUGGAGGUAUAAGGACCUGGCGGAAUCCAUGUUGGACGUACUUAUCAACGAUAAAUCCCUGUUUGUGCAGCUUUUCACUGAGAAUGGCCUGAACAUUGUGGAUUACCUGACAUAUGGAAGACUGGAACAACUCUACGGCUCCGUUCCCGAUUCAACACUGUUAUACCAGCUGCUUCAGCGCCGCUUAGUUGUCAGACUUGGAACUACAGCUGCUGUCCCUGCUGCAGCCAGUGACCUAAAAUCACCCUCUAAAUUAACAGCAGAGAACCUUGAGAGCGAACCAAUGGCAGACAUCACCCUUUUUGAGGUUUCAGGGGUCCUGGAUUUAUUAUUGGGUGAUAUCUGCCAACCAUUCUACUAUGAUGUUUUGGGUUUAUCAGAUAUCUCCUCUAAAAGGAAAGCUCUGAAGCGUGCAAGUAAGCAGCUGCGUGAAGAUCGCUCAUAUAAGGACAGCCGCUGCCUCUACCCCUGGGCUUCGCUCUUCAUCUGGGCUGUUCUGCAGAACCGCAGUGAGAUGGCCACUUUCUUCUGGGAGAUGGCAGGAGAGUCUGUGCUGACUGCUUUAAGUGGCUGUAAGAUCCUGAGAGAACUGUCCAAGCUGGAGUCUGAAACUGAAAUCAGCCUCUCCAUGAAGGAUCUGGCUCAGACGUUUGAGAACCUGGCACAUGAUAUCUUCAGCUCUUGCUAUCGCAGCGAUGAAAGUCGCUCCUUUGAUCUGCUGAUUAGGAAAUCUCCUGUUUGGGGAGGCACCACCUGCCUACAAAUGGGCAUGGGCGCUGACGCACGCCUUUUCUUCAGCCAUGACGGGGUGCAGUCUCUCUUGUCCCAGAUCUGGUGGGGGGACAUGCAGAGCGACACGGAGGUGUGGAAGCUUCUGCUCACUUUUUUCUGCCCUGUCUUCUGUUACACAAACCUCAUUUCUUUCAGGGAAAAAUUUUGCCAACAAGAGGAGGAAGAAGGGGACAACGAGGAAGAGGCGAGUCGAGAUGCGGACAACAAUUAUGGGGCAACCAUCUACUCUUUCUCUGACAUCAAACACAUUGAAGGCGAAGGACAGCUCUUCUCUCCCAGGACCCCAACUAUCAGAGGCAUUCCUGAGCUCUACAGGCCACAGAAACGUCCAUUUAUAGUGUCCCGCUGGCGUCAGUUCUGGUCCGCUCCCGUCACGGCGUUUCUUGGGAACGUCUUGAUGUACUUCCUCUUUCUCAUUCUGUAUGCGUAUGUGCUGUUGUUGGACUUCAAGCCCCCGCCCCCCAUUGGUCCGGCAUUGUCGGAGUACAUACUGUCCUUCUGGGUUUUCACCAUAGUGUGUGAGGAGAUAAGAGAGACCUUCUUUUCAGGGGUGAUGACUUGGCGCCAAAAGCUCAGAGUCUACAUUCAGGAUGUUUGGAAUAAAGUUGACCUCCUUGCUAUAGCUCUUUUUGUCUUGGGAUUAGUCAGCAGGAUGUUUUCGAAGUCGUAUGAGUUUGGAAGGCAGGUCCUGUGUGUUGGCUUCAUGGUCUUCACCCUUCGUCUCAUUCACAUUUUUGCCAUUCACAAACAGCUCGGACCAAAAAUUAUUAUUGUUGGGAAAAUGGUGAAGGACGUCUUCUUUUUCCUCUUCUUCCUAGGAGUGUGGAUCAUGGCGUAUGGAGUAGCAAAUCAGGGUUUACUUUACUCCUAUGAUCCUGAUUUAGAUCGUAUUUUUCGCAGAGUUUUCUACAGGCCUUACCUACACAUCUAUGGACAGAUUCCUGUGGAGGAGGUAGAUGUUAAGAAAGACUGGGCUGUAGAAUGCACGACCAACCUGACGUUGAUUGAAGAAGGUGCAGAACCAUGUAGAACUUCAUUCAGUAACUGGUUAGUGGUCAUUCUGCUGGUCGUUUAUCUUCUGGUUACCAACAUCCUGCUCAUCAACCUGCUCAUAGCCAUGUUUAGCAACACAUUCACUGAGGUGCAAGCUAAUAGUGAGUUCUACUGGAAGUUUCAGCGUUACAGCCUGAUUGUCCAGUAUCACUUCAAACCUUCACUGGCUCCUCCUUUUAUCAUCCUCUCCCACAUCAAUCUCUUCAUUAAGCGGAAGAUCCGUAAAGUGCCCUCAGUCAAGAUUCAGCACUUUGUUUUGCAGUUAGGUAGGAAGGAUGCCAACAGACUAAUGACAUGGGAAUCGAUCCAGAAGGAAGACUUCCUGACAGCCCAAAACAAAAUCCAGAAAAACAGCGACUCAGUGAGACUGAAACGGAUGUCUGUCAAGAUGGAUAGUGUUGUUAAACAUAUGACUGAAAACAGAGACGUUGACCAGAGACUUCGGGCUCUCGAGAAUGAGAUGGAAAACUGCUCAAUUGCUUUGAGAUGGAUUGUGGAUACUUUGGCUCAAGAUGGCACAUUUAAACCACCCCGACCGCCACCUACAUUCAGAGAUAGUGUUCCCAGUUCUACCAGUUCGUCAUAGAUCGACGUUAAUGACUCUUGUGAACCAUUAAGGAUCUGCUUAAUGACACAUAAGCAUCUUGUAAAGGCACCCAUAUGUCAACACUGGUUCCCACCCGUCAUUAUUACUGGACUUCUGAACAGAGCACCUAAAAAAACAUUCAUACCCACCUAACCUCCCAACAGUAUUCAUGAAAUGAUUUCAAAAUGCUAAUAAUUCAGUUUUUUAUGUUUUUUUUCUUCUUAAAUUUACAUUGUAGCCAGUUAGUGUUCUGUGCAUUAGUUUUAUGGGGUGAGCUGAAAUGUGAUGUUUUUAAUUGGGUACAUCAUAAAUAUUUAAUUGUAUUGUGUGCAUUUACACUCAGUGGUUGCUUAAAGUUAGUUAAAACAACUCAUUAUUAUCUCCUCUGUCUAGUAAAUUUUAUUAAACAGGGUUGAUUCAACAUUUACUGUUAUGAGAGUUAUAACUUCUUCUCCUCACACUUGCUCACAUAGCUUGGAUUAUUUUUGUUGUGUUUAUAUUUGUUAGAUUUUGUCAGAAGCCAUUUCACUUAAUGCUUGUUUUUAAAUUUAAAGGGUAUUUAGUGACCGUAACAUGGUCAGUUUUCAGUGUUUUUAUGUGGAGUUUACUUUUGGAAAGUGCCAGGCAAGUGUUUAGGCUUUUUGAAACCUCUUUACCUGGGUUGCCAAUGCUUGUGGAGUAUUCUGUUGUUGUGGUGUAGAUAAGUGAAAACUUACAAAGUGAGCACAGUCACCUUUAAGUCUGGGGAAAAAAAGCCUUCAGGGUAAAAAAGGUUUUAAUAAUUAAUUGUAUUUAGGUCACGUAAAACUCAUGGGAGCAGGAUAUACUGAAGACAGGAGUGUCAUGGACCGCACAGAAGGUGCCUGGUGCCCGGUUUCAACAUGACAUGGCUCUACUGAAGGUCACAUAGUGGAACCCAACUAUUGAAGGAGCCUUUACUCUAAAUAGUUAGCUGAGCCACCUGUCAAUUGCAUGGAGCAGCAGCUCACACUGACCACCAGUGUCAUCACUUUUUGGCUUAGAGUCCCCCUGACUGCAGGUUUAGAGCCAAGUAUCCCGAGGAACAUUAAUACAUCAAAUAAAUGCUUUCAUGCUGUCACUUAUUUAUGCUUUCACAGACAAAACCCGAAAGUGAAAGAAUUACAUUGUUAAAAAUGUGACUGUGGAAUGUGCACACUACAAUCUUGUUGAUUUCUAUUUACAUCCACUCCAUACAUCAUGCUGGCACGCUAUGCUCCUGUUCUGGACUUCUGUCUGAGCCUGAGAUCAUUUUACAAACCAACAUUUAGAUGUUUCACUUUGCUUUUUAUCUCUGGCAGCUCACAAUAUUUUAUAUCUUAUGCAUUCAGAUUAUGUUGCAUUUCCUCAAACUUCAGCGUAAUGAAUUAUGGGAGAAAGCUACAGUUUGACUGUAGCUGGACACAGCUCCAUUAACUAUACCUAAAUAAUGCAAAACAAGUCAUUAGAUUUUAAGGGUUUUCAAAAGGACCUUUUGGGACUUAUACAUUGAAAAGAUAAUUUAUUUAUUUAAAUCAGAAAAGUAAAACUCAAAUCUUCAUAGAGAUAUGUCAAGUAUUGGAUCUGUUUAUGUAGAUGGUUAUGCAUUACAGUUAACAAAAACCUAUAAUGUGGUUUCUCAGAAACUUUGAAUAUUACAUGAGACUGUUAGAAAUCAUUUUCAACAGAAAUGUUACAUUAUGGUCUAGACUAGUGUUUCUCAGCUCUAGUCUUCAGGUCCAACUAGUCCUGCAUGUUUUAGCUGUUUCCUUUUGCCACACACACCUGGCCUAAAGGAAUGGGUGAUUGACAGACUUCUGAAAUGUUGGAAUGCUCAGCAGAUCUUAUAAUUUGAAAAACAUGAAGGGCUGUGGGCCCUGAGGACUAGGGUUGAGGAACGUUGGCCUAGGCAGUCAUGAGAAAGACUGCUGAUUUGUCAUGAAUCAUUGACACCCUCCUCAAGGAGGGUAAGCCACAAAUGGUCAUUGCUGAAGAAACUGGUUGUUCAGAGGGCUGUAUGAAAGAAGAUUAAUGUAAAGUUAAGGGAAGGGAAGACAUUUGGUACAAGAAGUUGCAAAAGCAACAGGAAUAACUGCAGCUUUUAGAGGAUUGGCUUCUAUGCAACCCGAGCUUUCCUAACAUCUCAGCAGAGUCAUAGACUGGUCACCUCAGUAUCGCAAUGUGUUUACUGAUGAGUCAUGCAACAACAUCUCAGCCCUUUUUUCUUUGGUCUUAUGUAAUAUGAAAUGUCUUUGUAUUUUCAUUAGCUGUAACCAAUAAUCAUCAUAAUUAACCCUUUAAACAUAUCACUCGAUGUAUGAUGAAUAUUAAUGAUGCAUGAAACAAAACUUCAGUUAUAAAGUUUAGAUGUUUGAGAGGGGAAACUUGGCAGCGAAUCAUGUGUCAGUGUUUUUAAUCUUUCUAAAUAAGUAUAAUAAAGAUAAAUAAAUUCA